AUGCCUUUCGACAAGUCUAAUUCCGACAAAACGGGUUGCCGGAAAUUGAGGGAUAUCUGCGAAAUAGAGAAGGAUAAAGAUUGCGGCAAACCCUGUAAGAAAAAGGACGCUUGUCUCCGGGAGAAGGUCAGGUGCGAGGAGAAACCGCAAGACAAGAAGGUGGAAAUGCCGGAGGAGAAGAAAUGCAAGGACACUUGUCUGCCGAGGAGCAAAUGCGAUCACCCCAAAAUCGAUGCGCCGUUCAAGAUGACGUACGAGAAGGUGAAGUGCCCGCCGUCGAAAUUCGCGAAGCCCGGCUCGUGCCCGCUCAUGCCGGACGACAUCAAGAAGGGCGCCAUCAAGUCACCCAUAGAGAAAUUUUUCAACAAGAAAAAGAAGAAAAUUUGCAUACCCCCACCGUUGCCGAAACCGCCAUGCGCACCGAUCCUUCUCUGUCCUUGUCCGCCGCCGGUUAAAAUGCAUCCCGGAAUGUGCCCGUGUUACGAGCAGAAAACUGAGAUCAAGCCGAUCAUGUUGCCGCCGUGUCCCCCGAAGAAACCGUACCCUUGUCCCACAGGGGUGCACUAUUGUCCCCCGAAAAAGUGCAAGAGGUUAACCUGCGAGACCGAGCAACCGGAACAAUCGCCGAAAUCUUAA